GAGCGGAGGGAGCGCGGCCUCGGCCCGGCGCGGAGGCUCCGCGGGCCGGCGGUGGGUUCCGAGCUCGCCAGCCCGCAGCGGUGGCGCCCUCAGAGCGGCUGGACAGGCCCCGUCGCGCCAUGCCCGCGGGCUGAGCGCCGCCGCCGCAGGGCCUCGUCCCGCCUCGCGUGGGGGCCCCGGCGGCCGACCAUGGUGCUGCCGCCCCCGGACCGGCGCCACGUGUGCCUGACCACGCUGGUGAUCAUGGGCAGCAUGGCGGUCAUGGACGCGUACCUGGUGGAGCAGAACCAGGGCCCGCGCAAGAUCGGCGUGUGCAUCAUCGUGCUGGUGGGCGACGUGUGCUUCCUGCUGGUGCUGCGCUACGUGGCCGUGUGGGUGGGCGCCGAGGUGCGCACGGCCAAACGCGGCUACGCCAUGAUCCUCUGGUUCCUGUACAUCUUCGUGCUGGAGAUCAAGCUCUACUUCAUCUUCCAGAACUACAAGGCGGCGCGGCGAGGCGCGGCCGACCCGGUGGCGCGCAAGGCGCUGACGCUGCUGCUGUCGGUGUGCGUGCCCGCCUCGGCGCGGCCACUGGCAGAGCAGUCUGGCGGCGGCGGUCUCAGAGCCCGGCAGUGCGCACGGACGUCCCGGCGCGUGAAGGAAGCCGGGCGCGCAGCGCGGCCGCGUGUCUACGCUUCGCCCGCUUCCCUCUCGGGCACUGCCGAGUACUACCGCAACCUCCCAGGAGGCCCCGCCCCCGCCCCCACCUUCGGCCCCCUUCAGCUCGGCCCGGUCUGGUCUCCGCAGGCCACUCUGCGGACGCCAGGUGGAGCGCCCUGCGGCCUUCAGAGCGUCAGAUCUCAGCACUCGUCCUGCAUCUGCCCCACCUAG